GGACCUAACACGAAUAUAAUGCCUCGAAGACGCAGAACCGAGGAACAGAUCAAGCACCUUGAGCCAACAGUGAAUCGUUUCGCUGAGGACACUUCUAUGUUGGGCUUCAGAUACCUGCACACCCGAUACAAAACGUGGUUCAGAAAUCCACUCACCACUCAACGCUCCUAUGAAUCACCACAGCACAUGCAGUUCCCUUCGAUUGGCAUUUGUAACAAGAUGCAAGUCAGAGCGUCAGCGUUGGCAAUGCAAGAGCCCGAACUCGUUCGACUUCUCUCUUUGAUCUACGACGAUGAUGGAAAUUCAUUGAAAAACGAAAGUCUUCUGGACUCAAUGCGGAUGUUUGACGAGGCUGAUGUGCUGGCAAUACAAAAAGCUGCUCAUCAGAAAGUGGACGAUCUUUUCCUGAGGUGA